UAGACUAAAUAAAAAUAAAAAUCACCUUAUUAUAUACAUAUUAUUUGAUCAUAAGAUAACUUUAUACCUAUCUCUACUUUUAAAAGGAAAUUAACAAAACCUUAAUCCUAAUUUAAAAAGGAAAAACAACAAACGUCUAAUACAUAUAAAUAAAAUACCAAAACCCCCUUUCAGUUUCCAUCAUCCCCUUUUCUCGAUGGCUGCCAUGUUCAAUAGCGUUAAACUCUCCAUGGGUGCCUUUUUCACGAGAAUUUCUCAAGGUUUAGCAAGUAAGGACGAGGACUUAGCGAUAGUUGCUAAUUGGAUCAAUGGUUGCCUCACGACUUUGAUGGGACUCGUGUCCACCAUCAACAAGAAAUCAACUGUUGAUAAGGAAGAGAUAAUAGAACUUUGGUCAACGAAACAUGUCGAAACGAGUCUAUUGUUCCUAUUCGCAGCAUGUGUAGCAACUGCUAUACUAGCCAACUUUUCUAGAAAAAGCAACUUCCGAUUAUAUCAGUGGAGAUCUAUCGUGAUUGGUGUGAUCACCCUCUUGAUUAUGGCAGGGAAUCGUAUGAAUCUUAUGAUGAUUUGUACAACAUUGGUGGCUCCCUUAUUCACCAUCGGCUGGAGUAUAUUCAAGAUCGUAGGAGCAAAGGAAAAACCAGCUGCUGCUAGGUCGGAUUCAACUGAUGCCCCCUAGGGCACGAGAAAAGUUGAAAGUCAGACAAAAUUGGAUUUUAAUUUUUCUUUUGUGUUUAUUAGAUAUUAUUAGCUAUUUCGUCUGAGUUUUAUUUUGAUAUUAAAUUUAUAACCUAUGAAAUUUAAGAGCACAUUGAUUAACAAGAUCUC